CGCAGACUGGAGCACAGCGCAGAGAUGAUAAUGGGCGUGUAAGCAGCGCGCCUGUAAUUAUCCACACCGGGUACCAGUGGUAAUGCGCUCAUGGGGUCUGAGCGGGUGGACAUGGGGAAAUGUCCAGAACAGGACACUGGAAAUGCCGUCCAUAUCACUUCUUCCAGCAAAGAUAUGCAGGACAACGUGAACAGGUACACUCUUGGCUGGCUGAACGCACCUCCAAACGCUUGCUGCUUCUGCUGGUGCUGUUGCUGUAGCUGCUCCUGUCUUACAGUAAGACCUUCUAAGGCAGAAAAAAUUCAGAAGAUACAGGAAAAACAAAAUGAAGCUACAGUUGAGGAACCAGCUGUUCUGACACUAGAGGAGGCCCAGUCGUGGGCACAAUCAUUCGAGCACUUGAUUAAAAGCCCAAAUGGCCGCUCCAAUUUUCGUCAUUUCCUCAAGAGUGAGUUCAGUGAGGAGAACCUGCUGUUCUGGCUGGCCUGUGAGGAGCUGAAGAAAGAAACCAACAGAACUGUGGUGGAACAGACUGUUAGGCAAAUAUAUGAGGACUACGUCUCUGUGCUGUCACCUAGAGAGGUGAGUCUGGAUUCACGUGCACGGGAGGUGAUUAGCAAGAACAUGCUGGAUCCGUCCUCGCAAACCUUUGAUGAGGCACAGCAGCAAAUAUACACACUCAUGCAGCGAGACUCGUAUCCUCGUUACAUGAGCUCCAGCAUUUAUGCAGACCUUAUUGAAAGUUUGGAAUCAACUAAAACAGCUGAGGAGUCCUAACAUACAGGCACAGGCACUCACAUACAUAAUACAGAAUUUCUAUCUAUCUAUCUCUCUCUCUCUCUCUCUCUCUCUCUCUCUCUCUCUCUUACACACACACACACACACACACACACACACACACACAGAACAAUUCUAUGAGAUGACAAUCUCAGACACAAAUACAGUCCCCUCUGAAAGUAUUGGAACAGCAGGGCCAGAUCUAUUGUUUUUCUAUACACUGAAGAAAUUUGGAUUUAAGAUCAAAAGAUGAAUGAGAUGAAAGAUCAGAAUUUCAGCUUUCAUUUCCUGAUAUUUACACAUAGAUCUGUUAAACAAAUUGUAACCUGACACCUUUUGUUUGAAUACACCCAUUUUUUCAAGUGAUCAAAAAUACUGGAACAUGUGACUGACAGGAGUUUCUUUUUGCCCAGGUGUGGCCUGUUAGAUUGAUUGUUUACACAAUUAAUAACACAAUUAAUUUGUUCUUUAUUAUUAAAAAAUAAAAAAACUUCUUCUAACCUCUACCAGAGUGAUGGAAAGGCUAAAGUGUGGAGAAGGAAAGGCUCUGCUCGUGCUCCAAAUCAUACAAGCUGAUCGGCCAAACAUUGUGGAGGUAGUGACCUGGCUGGUUGCUUCUGGAACAAGCUCACUGAUCUUUAUUCAUGAUGGAACUCAUGAUGGUUGCCGCGCAAUUAAUUUAGAAGUCUACAGGAACAUUCUGUCUGCCAAUUUACAGAGAAAUGCAUUCAAUCUAGUCAGGAGGAACUUCAUCAUACAGCAAGACAGUGACCCAGAACACACUGCCAACACAGCAAAGGACUUCAUCAGGGUAAAAAAGUGGAAGGUGGAAGGUUAGACUGGCCACCCGACCUUAACCCAAUUGAGAACCAUUUCACCUCCUGAAGCGGAGACAGAAUGGAGAACCCCCAAAACAAGCUGCAGUAAAAGCCUGGAAAAGCAUCACUAAAGAAGAAUGAAACAGUUUGGUGAAGUUAGUGGGUCAGCGGCUUGAUGUAGUUAUUGCAAGCAAAAUUAUUUACUUUAAUUUACUUAAAGGCUAUCUGUUCCUAUGAUUUUUUUCAACUAAAAAUUGGGUGACAUGCCACCAAAAAUGCCACGUUCUAAGUUGUUGAACACAUCUAGAUAUAAAUAUCUCUAAACGAAAGCUGAAAUGAUCAAAUUCUCUUUUGAGCUCAAACCCAAACGUCUUCAUUGUAUAGCAAAAACAAAAGAAUUGGCCUUGCUGGUCUAGUCAGUUCUGAGAGGAUUGUGAAUCAUCUAGCAGCACACAAUCCGAUGUCUUAAACAUAUUUCAUGUAUACCUCUGCAUCAGGCUACAUUUAUACACCUUAUACACUGCCCCUUGACCACCCUCACUUUCCAUUGUCCUGAUGUACUGUUGCAUUCUUAGGGAUUUUUAUAACACUUUAACUCCACUUCAUUAUUAGUUAGUGGUUAAAAAGGGAAAGUUCUAGUAUCCUGCUUUGUUCUUAGGGUUCC